GGCGGCACUAAACAUGCGCCAUAGUUUAACUUUCGCAGUGUUUACUUGAUGUGAUAGUUGAUAAGUUGUGCAAAAUUGAGGUUACAAACGUUACGAAUGCCGGUUUUUAAUUGAAAUCCGCCGAUUGGAGUGCAGUUGUUUUUGUUGUUGAGAUAAUUGUUUUACGUUUUUUAACUGUGACUGCUUGAGUGAUUGGUUGUUUAGUUAACUAUGAGUCGGUCAAAGAAGAAAAACAAAAUUUGAUGUGAAAGUGUCAUUAUGAGGCCGGGUCGUACGGGGCAACGUAAAACAAAAUGCCCUAGCCGCCGCGUAGCGCCCUCCAUCACGCUGCCCGUCACCCUGGAGGACCCCGCCACGACCUGGAAGGGACCGCCGCCCGGCUCGGAACCCCAAAACUUCGGACAAGGUCAGGGGAACUCGUUUUCCGGGCCGCCGGCGGGCUUCCAAGGACCCUCCCCUUUCCAGGGUCCGCCGGCGGGGGCAGGAUCACCGGCCGGCGCUCCCCCGUAUCAGGGAGGACCUCCUCCAGGUUCGAACACGCCGCAGUACAAUGCGUCGCCCGCCCCCUCGGGAUCGUCCACCCCCGGUCCCGGACCGCCGCAGAGCGUGGGCAAUUCCGGCUUCCCGCCGCCCAACAACUCGGGUCCCUACAACGGGCCCGGCCCGGGACCCGGACCCUUCGGUUCGCCCUCAGGGGGCGGUCCGCCGUUCGGCCGGCCUGGAUCGUCGGGGCCGCCGUUCGUCGGCGGGCCGGGACCUGGCGGUAAUCCCCACUUUCAGCAUUUCGGACCCGGUCCGGGAUUCGGCCUUCCUCCCGGAUCGCCGUUCGGGCCUGGACCGGGACAUCCCAUGCCUGGACCCAUGGAACCGGGACACGCCAUGAUGGCAAGGCAAAUGUCCGGACCUAUGCCAGUGGAUCAAGGAUCCUUGCCUGUCGCCAGGCGACAUACCCCGUAUUUCGGACAACCUGACUACCGAAUAUACGAACUAAACAAACGGCUCCAGCAGAGGACGGAAGUCAGUAUAAAUGACAGCGAUAACCUUUGGUGGGACGCGUUUGCAACCGAGUUUUUCGAAGACGAUGCCUCCCUAACGCUGGCAUUUUGUUUGGAAGACGGGCCUAAACGAUAUACUAUAGGAAGAACCUUAAUACCACGUUACUUUAGGAGUAUAUUUGAAGGUGGGGUGACUGAACUGUAUUAUAAUAUGAAACAUCCAAAAGAAUCCUUCCACAAUACUAGUAUUACCCUGGACUGUGAUCAGUGCACUAUGAUAACACAUCAUGGUAAACCCUUGUUUACUAAGGUGUGUACAGAAGGCCGCUUAAUUCUAGAAUUUACAUUUGACGAUUUGAUGAGGAUAAAAUCUUGGCACUUUGCGGUGCGAACCCACAGGGAACUGAUACCUCGGUCCGUGGUCGGCAUGCAUUCGCAGCAGGACCCGGGCAUGCUGGAUCAAUUAUCAAAAAAUAUCACCCGACAAGGCAUUACCAACUCUACACUUAAUUAUCUGAGGCUGUGUGUGAUAUUGGAACCUAUGCAGGAGCUGAUGUCGCGACACAAGGCGUACGCGUUGAGUCCGCGGGACUGCCUGAAGACGACGCUUUUUCAAAAAUGGCAGAGGAUGGUGGCCCCGCCGGGUAAGAGAGAGUCGCAAAGGCCUGCCAACAAACGGCGGAAACGUAAAGGAUCGAAUUCAGGCGGGGCAGCAAAUAAUGCCACUCCGGCCCCCAACAAGAAACGGUCGCCGGGACCAAAUUUUUCCUUAGCCUCCCAGGACGUGAUGGUGGUGGGUGAGCCGUCGCUGAUGGGCGGCGAAUUCGGCGACGAAGACGAACGGCUGAUCACCCGAUUGGAAAACACGCAGUACGACGCGGCAAACUCGCUGGACCACGACAACCACGGCUUCCACGCCGACUCGCCGAUGGCGGGCUCGAACUCGUGGGGAGGCGGCGACAGGGGCGGCCCCUCGCAAGCCAACACGCCCUCCAACCAGGACUCCGACAAAAAAUCACCAGCAGUGAACCAGUGAUGAUAGUUAAUUUAUAAACCUAGAAUCUCUUUCUGUCUCUUCAUCUAACCCUCUCUCUCUCCCUCUCUUAGACCAUGGCCCAUUCAUUUUGGACAUUUAGGGCACGAAACUGAGGAAAAAUCAAAACAAGAUUUCCCCUUUUAUAGACAGCUUGAGAAAAGUUACAAAAGCUUGAAUUUUGCGACUAGUUUCUAUAAAAAAUGAUCUCUAUAGAAAGUAAUAAAUCGAUUUUCUAUGGAGAUCAUUUUCUACAGAAAGUGAAGUCGCAAAUUUCGGGAAACGUACAAUUCACAUAAAAGGAAUCUAGUUUUAAUUUAUCAAUAGAAGUAACCUAAAAAUGACGGUGCCAUAUCUCUCUCCAAGUCAGUAUUCUUUCGUUUAAGUGCAAAAAUGAAACCAGUGACAAAUUAUCAUUAUUAUUAUUAUUAUAUUUAAUAUUAUUAACGGCCGUAGGCACCAAAGGAUAGUAACGAUUUGUACAAACAAAAUAUGUUUGGGACAUCUUACACGUUUUUAGGUUAAGUUUAACACAAAAGUUCACUUAGGAUUGACAAAGGAAGUAAAAAUGCAGUUUUUUAUUUCUAUGAAAAAAAAAAAGUCUGGGAACACUAAAUAUUUAUUAAGUUCUAAAUUUUGGGAAAUAGUCGAUUUUUAUUGCGAUAAACACAAUUUUACGAUUAAUUUUAAAUUAAAAAGUGAUACUUUUAUUUUAUAAAAUUGAUGUUUAAAAAAAAAAUUUUUUUGGGCUU